GUCGUCGUCGCCCGUCUCGUUGUCGUCGUCGCCGUCGUCGUCGUCCUCGCCGUCGUUCUCGUCUCCGCCCUCGCCGUCGCUCUCGCCCUCGCCCCUUCGAAGUUACGCCCGCCGUCUGCCCGCUGCCACGGGCGAGCUGCGCAGAUUCCAAACCGCACUGUAGUUAGACACCCAUAAUGCAGCAUCACCAGCACUCGCGCCAGCACCAGCCGCAGCCGCAGCCGAGCAUGGAGAGCCAUCCACCAGAAGCUCCGCUAAACUUGCCCCCCAUACAAUACGCCGGACUGCAGGCGACAUCGUCGUAUGGCAGUCAAAUGCCUCCUCAGCAACAGCAACAGCAACAGCAACAGCAACAGCAGCAGCAGCAGCAGCAGCAACAGCAACAACAGCAACAACAGCAACAGCAACAGCAACAGCAACAGCAACAGCAUGCGCCGCCGCCUCCAUACCCACCGCAGCAGUAUCAGCAAUACCGCCCGCCGGCACCCAUGCCCUCGAAUGUUGCGACCGCCGGGCAGAACGCCGUGAUGCGCUUCCCGCUGCCUCCACAACCUGCGCUUGAUGCACGUCAGAUGUCGGGAGGACGACAUAAAAAGGAGAUCAAGAGGCGGACCAAGACGGGCUGUUUGACAUGUCGCAAGCGACGGAUCAAGUGUGACGAGGGCGUGCCUACGUGUCGCAACUGUCAGAAAUCCAAACGCGAAUGUCUGGGAUACGAUCCCAUCUUCAAACAACAACCCAGCCCGGCCAACAUCCAGCCUGCGCCCAGCAUCCACCCUCAAACACCCUCUGCCUCCGCCUCGGCCCCCCCCAAUUAUCAUCCAUCCGGCCAAUACGGUCCACCACAUGCCUACCCAGGCACAGGAGGCACAUUCAUGCAGGCUGCUGGACUGCCGCGCGCUGAGCACGCUCACUUCGACUCUCACUACGGCAACGGCCCUUCCCUAGACCCUGCGCUGUCGAGUGGCGACCAGCCGCAUCACAUGGCGCACCUCAACAACUACCCGAAUGCGCUGCAGCCCACGCGGACAGUGCGAGCGAUUCGCGUCGACGAUCUCUUUUCGCUCAACGACAUACCCCCGCGAUACAACCUGCGCGAAGCGCCUCCGCCCGUGACAUCGGCCAGCCAACAGGAACUGGAGACGUUUUUCAAGUACCACUAUGCCAUUGGUCUCGAUCGGCUGUUUGAGACCACCUGGUACUCGCAGCAUGGCCUAGCACAGCUGCAUCGCGAUGCAGUUCUUCAGGAUUUCGUGCUGCAAUGUGUCGAGCAAUUCCAAGCCCGAGAAGAUGCAAAUGGGAAGCACAUGCAGUCCUUGGAAGCGCGCCUGGUCUGGCUACUUGCAAUCAUGCCUCGCAGCUCUCUACGCAUGGCAAAUGGUGCAGCGAAUGACCAUGUCCUGCAGGAAUUACUCUUUCGUCUUGACGUGAUUGAGAAUCUCCUGACCGGACAAUACCUUGAUCCCAGCCGAGUCAGCCCUGCACCACCGCACCAGCCCUCAAUGCAGCCGGGUACCGACAACUCAGCUGUAAAUCAGAAAUUUAACGAACGCGCUUUCUGGCAUCAUCUCGCGAGAUUCGUGGCAAUGCGCGACGACAGCCCGCACGUGCAAAGAGAAAUCGACGACGUCCUCGUCACGCUGCGAAAUCUUCUUCAUAUGCUAGAGAAUCGGGAUGUGCUCUACUCCCUAGCGGUGGCGCGGCAUAUCGGAGGUCGAAUGCCAGACUGGCGCCCACAGGGACAGCUCGUGGCCUCUUCGGAUGACCCGAAUGAUCCCGUGAGCAAAUUGAGGGUAGCUCAACAGUUUAUUGAAUCUGAAGACCAAAGAGGUACGACGCAAGUGAUUCAGAGAUUAUGCUCCAUGGCGAUUCGCGCUUGGGGCUUGCAGAAGCAAUAAGUUUCGUUGCUCCUUUUACUUCAUGUCCAUACUUUACUUCUCGGCUUUGCGUGCUGCACGGAUGGUAGGUACAUUUACCUGUACCUAAGGUAGGCACGACGGGUCACGAGUUAUUCGUUCCGUGCUCGCCAUUUCACAGUAAGGCCAC